UUGGUUCGGUCGGUAAAAUCAAAUUUUUGUUGAAAAUAUCUUCGCCAGAGGGUCAGAGUUUCCUGUUUCUUUUAGUUCAUGAUAAAUAUCCGAAAUGGCAGACACAGUUGCAGCUCCUAAAUCUAAAACAAAGGCUUCGAAGAAGCCAGUAGAAAAGGCUUCAGAACCUGUUCCUUUGAAAAAGAGGCCUUUUAAGAGACAUGGACGUCUUUAUGCAAAAGCUAUUUUUACUGGUUACAAGCGUGGUCUUCGUAAUCAACAUGAACAUACUGCCCUUUUAAAGGUUGAAGGCGCUAGAACAAAAAGUGAUUCCGAUUUCUAUAUAGGAAAGAAAUGUGUUUAUGUAUACAAAGCUAAGAAUAGGACACCUGUUCCUGGAAAGACAACAAAGAAAACAAAAGUAAGAGCUAUUUGGGGUAAAGUAACACGUCCUCAUGGUACUAGUGGUUCAGUUCGUGCUAAGUUUAAAAGAAAUUUACCAGCCAAGGCUAUGGGUCACCGCAUUAGAAUUAUGCUGUAUCCUAGCAGAGUAUAAAUUCAUACAUAAAUAAAUAAAUACCAAUUUGGUUUAUAA